AGUCAAAAGGCGCCGCUAGGUACUUACCUUAAUAAGGUAACUUGGAAUAGCGAGCGCCUCGGGUGUAGGUAGUAUUGAAGACGGUAACUAGUUAUAAUUUAAGUGGGGAGGGGGAUUAACGUCACGAGGUGUUUCAUUGGAUUAAAGAAGUCGUAAUUGAGGUGGAAGUGUUCCUACUUCUGCUCCUUGCCCCGGUUUAACCGAGGCGCUGUUGAACUUACGCAGCAACCCGACUGGUUCUCCUCCGUUGAUUUUAGUCUGAGAAGAGAUGAACUGUACAAAGGUCCUGCAAGUGUUUGGUGGUCGUCCCAUCUCCUCACCCGUGAUGCCCGUGGAUUUGGCCAUGCGGCUCUGCCUGAGCCAGUCCCCUCCCUUUUGCCGUUUCUUCAGCUCUUAUGAAGAGCUGCGAGGAAUGGGGGUCCCUUCGUUGAAACCGCUGCGACCCUGCCUGAACCCCAAAGUGAACCAGCAGCCACCGGAGUCUUUAUCAUGGGAGGACCAUCAGAAAGCACCUGAAAAUGAGAACUCUAAGAAGAAGAGGGUGGUCUUUGCCGACUCCAAGGGGCUCUCUCUGACAGCAGUACGCUUCUACUCGGAGAAGGAGGAGGACCGGUUUGACUUGCCACUGUCUCCAUCAGAUUUUUGGCUAGAUGACCACAAGCAGGACCUCGUAGAGAAGCCACCAAAGACCCUUAUUCUUGGAUUUUCUCCUCCCUCUGCUGAUUAUGUGGCCUUCCGUAGCCGGUUGCACCAGAAUUGUGUUGGCUUAGAGAGCUGCUCAAUUCACGAGCGCUCCAUCAACGGCACAGUGAAAGUACUCAACAUGUGCUUUGAGAAGGCCGUCUUCAUUCGCAUCACCUUUGACUCUUGGGGCAGCUUCCGUGACAUCCCUUGUGUUUACAUGCACCAUGGCUACGGUGGGGCCGAUACCGACACCUUCACUUUUGAUAUUGCUUUGCCAGAUCUGAACCCCAAAGAACGCAUUGAGUUCUGCAUUGCCUUCUCCGCUGGCCAGCAGAUCUUUUGGGACAAUAACGCUGGGCAGAAUUUCAAAGUGGUGUGGGCAGGCUCUGUUCCAGAAGCUAACUGCACUCGGAAUGUCCGGAAAGUGAAUCCUGUGGGUCAGGCUCUAGGUAAAGCAGGAAACAAGUUGAAGAAGCUGGAGCCCCUGGUUGGGUCCCGUGCUGCCUCGGAAUUCCUAUUACGCCAGCUCCAGCAGUGGAGCAAGAUUGGGAACGUCUCCCCCUACUGGUAAAAGGUGUAUAAUCUUCUACUUAAACUGCCUUCUGAACUGCUGCCGCCUUAACUGACUCAUUUCAGUCCUCUGAACUCUGGUGUUUGAUGGACUUGCACUGAACUGUAGCUGUGCUUUGAAUUUUAAAUGCAAAAAAAAUUGAAAAAAUAGCAGAAGAGAAGCUUUUCCCUCCGUUUCACAUGGACUAAAAAUUGACAUGAUCCAGUUUUCUCGGGCUCAAGUCGUAGAGUGUAAAUUUUUAAUAUUUAGCCCACAAUUGACUGCUGCUCUACUUUAAAUUGCAUAGAAAUAUUUUUUUAAGAAAAUACAGUAUUUAUAGUUUUUUAUGAAUAAAUAGUAUCAAAAUAAAAUCUGA